CGCCUCUCGUUCAGUUCAGAGCUUGGCAGAAGAGACUUUUCUAAUCCUAACAGGAGGAACCGUAUCGUGUAAUUUGCCAUUAAAAUAGCCGGGACAAUGAUGAUCCCCAGUGUUAUUGCACCACCUGCAAUAUAUUCAGCAUUUAUGCGUCCUGCAGCAUCGUUGCAUUCGCCUUUCCCGGCUCACCCGAGCUUUCUGGUGGAGGACCUCCUGCGCUUCAACAGACCCAGGGGUUACCUGAACCAGGACGCGCACUCGCCAUGCGCCUCUCCUCCUGCUUCACUUCACUCACCGGAUCACUCCAGGCUAUUGGACAGAGUCAGCCCCAGCAUCACUGAGAAACAUGGAUCUAGCUCGCCCAAAACGUCAUUGUCUUCCAAGGAUCCAACUUACCUCAAGUUUGGGGUGAGUGCCAUCUUGGCACCAUCACCAAAGAAAGUCACAUCUCCACAGUCCCUUUACGGCAUGCAUCCCAAAGGAUUCUCAGUGCCUUAUUUUGAUGGUUCAUUCUGCCCUUUCAUUCGAUCCUCUUACUUCCCUGCUCCUUCAUCGGUUGUACCCAUUCCUGGAACUUUCUCCUGGCCUCUUGCUGCGAGAGGCAAGCCCAGAAGAGGGAUGCUCCGUCGGGCAGUGUUUUCUGAUGUGCAACGCAAAGCUCUGGAGAAAAUGUUCCAAAAGCAAAAAUACAUCAGCAAGCCAGAUAGGAAAAAACUCGCAGGCAAACUCGGACUAAAAGAUUCACAGGUCAAAAUCUGGUUCCAGAACCGGAGAAUGAAAUGGAGAAACUCCAAAGAGAGGGAGCUGCUGUCUGCAGGCGGAUGCAGAGAACAAACCCUGCCAACCAAAACAAACCCUCACCCAGAUCUCAGCGACGUGGGUAAAAAGUCUUCUGAGGAUGAGGAGGAUGAAGACGACGCUUGUGCUACAUCACAUUUCUGUCUCUCACCGGCACGCGAACUUUCAAACAGCACUGAUUCCAGAAUUUCAUUUAAACACUCGGACUUUUUUGAAUCAGAGGAUGAAAUAACAGUUUCAUAAGCGACUUUAACAGCUGUAUAUUGUCUGUAUUCAAGCACAAGUGUACGCCAUAAUAACCAUUUUGUGUUUUGUAUUGGCGUGUAAUUUCACUUCUAUGUUCGAACGAGUGUUUGUAGCAAAUAUUUUCCACAUCACUUUAUAUUUACUUAUUUGGAAAUUCCUCGCAAAAUGAUUUUGCUGUGUCGCACAGCUUUUUGGGGGGGAACUGUACAGUAUUUUGUACAAAUAUUUUUGUAUGGAUAUUUUAUACCAAUAAUUUUGAGUUUUAGAUUCUUUAUAAAAGUUUUAGGCGUAUGAAUAAUUUAUACGAGUCUCUUUGUGACACAUUAUAUGUAUAUGUAUAUGUUGAAAAUGUUUUGUAUUGUUUGCAAAUAAAUUGUUCAUUUCA